UAUUCACAAUGUCCGACGUAGCGAUGGGCGAGUUCGGCAAGGCGGCUCCGUACCUCAGGAAGUCGGAGAAAGAGCGUCUGGAAGCUCAGACCAGACCGUUUGACAUCAAGACGGAAUGUUUUGUGGUGGACGACAAGGUCGAGUACAUGAAGGGACAAAUCCAGAGCAAAGAGGGCGGCGUGGUCAAGGUGAAGAAGGAGGACGGGACCACGGUGAGCGCGAAGGAGGCCGACGUCCACCCGCAGAAUCCUCCCAAAUUUGACAAGAUCGAAGACAUGGCGAUGUUCACGUUCCUCCACGAGCCGGCGGUGCUGUUCAACCUGAAGGAGCGCUACGCCGCCUGGAUGAUCUACACCUACUCCGGCCUCUUCUGCGUCACCGUCAACCCAUACAAGUGGCUUCCCGUCUACGAUGCCGAGGUGGUGGCGGCCUACAGGGGAAAGAAGAGGACUGAAGCUCCUCCUCAUAUCUUCUCCAUUUCCGACAACGCUUACCAGUACAUGCUGACGGAUCGGGAAAACCAGUCGGUCCUCAUCACCGGAGAAUCCGGCGCCGGCAAGACCGUCAACACCAAGAGGGUUAUCCAGUACUUUGCCAGCAUUGCAGCGGUCGGCGGCGGGGGCAAAAAGGACCCCAGCAAGGGGACGCUGGAGGAUCAGAUCAUCCAGGCUAAUCCAGCUCUGGAAGCCUUUGGCAACGCCAAAACCCUGAGGAACGACAACUCGUCUCGCUUUGGGAAGUUCAUCAGGAUCCACUUUGGGAACAGCGGGAAGCUGUCGUCCGCCGACAUCGAGACGUACCUCCUGGAGAAGUCCCGCGUUACCUUUCAGCUCAAAGCCGAAAGGAACUACCACAUCUUCUACCAGAUUCUGUCCAAUCAGAAGCCAGAGCUGCUCGACAUGCUGCUGAUCACCAACAACCCAUACGACUACUCUUACAUCUCCCAGGGAGAAGUCACGGUGGCCUCCAUCAACGACUCGGAGGAGCUGAUGGCCACAGACAGCGCUUUCGACGUGCUGGGCUUCACCGCCGAGGAGAAGAUGGGCGUCUACAAGCUGACGGGCGCCAUCAUGCACUAUGGGAACCUGAAGUUCAAGCAGAAGCAGCGGGAGGAGCAGGCCGAGCCCGACGGCACCGAGGCGGCGGACAAGUCUGCUUACCUGAUGGGUCUCAACUCCGCCGACCUCAUCAAAGGGUUGUGCCACCCCAGAGUCAAGGUAGGAAACGAGUUUGUGACCAAAGGCCAGAGCGUGGACCAGGUCUACUACGCCGUCGGUGCCUUGGCCAAGUCUGUGUAUGAGAAGAUGUUCAACUGGAUGGUGGUCAGGAUCAACCAGUCCCUGGACACCAAGCAGCAUCGGCAGUACUUCAUAGGCGUGCUGGACAUCGCUGGCUUUGAGAUCUUUGAUUUCAACACCUUUGAGCAAUUGUGCAUCAACUUCACCAACGAGAAACUGCAACAGUUUUUCAACCACCACAUGUUUGUCCUGGAGCAAGAAGAGUACAAGAAGGAGGGGAUCGACUGGGAGUUCAUCGACUUUGGCAUGGACCUGCAGGCUUGCAUCGAUCUCAUCGAGAAGCCGCUGGGGAUCAUGUCCAUUCUGGAGGAAGAAUGCAUGUUCCCCAAAGCCAGCGACCAGACCUUCAAGUCCAAGCUCUACGACAAUCACCUCGGCAAGAACAAAAUGUUUGAGAAGCCCCGGGCUGCCAAGGGAAAAGCGGAGGCCCAUUUUGCCCUUGUCCAUUAUGCCGGCACCGUGGACUACAACAUUACAAAUUGGCUGGUGAAAAACAAAGAUCCCCUCAACGAAACAGUCGUCGGUCUCUACCAGAAGUCCUCGCUUAAGCUCCUUAGUCUGUUAUUUUCCAGUUACUCGGGCACCGCCGACGGUGGCGACAAAGGCGGCAAAGGAGCCAAGAAGAAGGGCUCGUCCUUCCAGACGGUGUCGGCCCUUCACAGAGAGAACCUCAACAAGCUGAUGACCAACCUGAAGACGACCCAUCCCCACUUUGUACGCUGCCUGAUUCCAAACGAACGGAAGACUCCCGGAGUCAUGGACAACUGUCUGGUCAUGCACCAGCUCCGUUGCAACGGCGUUCUGGAAGGCAUUCGAAUUUGCAGGAAGGGCUUUCCAAACCGCGUCCUUUACGGAGACUUCAAACAGAGGUACCGCAUUCUCAAUGCCUCCGCCAUCCCCGAGGGUCAGUUUAUGGACUGCAAGAAGAGUGCUGAGAAGCUGCUCUCGUCGCUGGAGAUCGACCACACGCAGUACAAGUUUGGCCACACCAAAGUCUUUUUUAAAGCCGGCCUACUCGGCACCCUGGAGGAGAUGCGAGAUGAACAGCUCUCGCGAAUCAUCACCAGAAUCCAGGCCAACGCUCGCGCGCUACUCAUGAGGGCCCAGUUUGCUAAGUUGGUCGAGCGCAGAGAUGCCCUCAUGGUCAUCCAGUGGAACCUCCGUUCUUUUCUUAGCGUAAAGAACUGGCCGUGGAUGAAACUCUUCUUUAAGAUCAAGCCCCUGCUGAAGAGUGCGGAAUCCGAGAAGGAGAUGGCCAACAUGAAGGACGAGUUCAACAAGCUGAAAGAAGCCCUCGAGAAGUCAGAAAUCCGUCGGAAGGAACUGGAGGAGAAGAUAGUGACUCUCCUCCAGGAGAAGAACGAUUUGACUCUGCAAAUUCAGUCAGAGCAAGACACGCUCACGGAUGCCGAAGAACGAUGCGAGCAGCUCAUCAAGAGUAAGAUACAACUGGAGGCAAAGCUCAAGGAGGCCAACGAGAGACUCGAGGACGAAGAAGAACUGAAUGCGGACAUCGCGGCCAAGAAACGGAAGUUGGAAGAUGAGUGCUCCGAGUUAAAAAAAGAUAUCGAUAACCUUGAGCUGACUCUGGCCAAAGUUGAGAAAGAGAAACAUGCCACGGAGAAUAAGGUGAGGAACCUGAGUGAGGAGAUGGCAUCCCAGGACGAAAGCAUCCUGAAGCUGACCAAAGAGAAGAAAGCGCUGCAGGAGGCUCACCAGCAGGUCCUGGAUGAUCUUCAGAGCGAGGAGGACAAAGCCAACGCCCUGACUAAAUCCAGAGCGAAGCUGGAGCAGCAGGUGGAUGACCUGGAGGGCUCCUUGGAACAGGAGAAGAAGAUGCGGAUGGAGCUGGAGCGCUCCAAGAGGAAGCUCGAGGGGGAUGUGAAGCUAGCCCAAGAGAACUUGAUGGAUUUGGAAAAUGACAAGCAGCAACUGGAGGAGAAACUCAAGAAAAAAGACUUUGAGUCGGCCCAGAUCACUUCGAGGCUGGAGGACGAGCAGGUCGCUUCGGGACAGCUCCAGAAGAAGCUGAAGGAAAACCAGGCCAGGAUCGAGGAGUUGGAGGAGGAGCUGGACGCCGAGCGAGCGGCACGGGCCAAGGUGGAGAAGCAGCGCUCCGACCUUUCCCGGGAGCUGGAGGACAUCAGUGAGCGUCUGGAGGAGGCGGGCGGAGCCUCGUCGGCACAGGUGGAGCUAAACAAGAGAAGAGACGCCGAAUUCCAGAAGCUGCGCCGAGAGCUGGAGGAGUCCACCCUCCAACACGAGGCCACCGCUGCCGCGCUACGGAAAAAGCAUGCCGACAGCGUGGCCGAACUGGGCGAGCAAAUUGACAACCUCCAGCGGGUCAAGCAGAAACUGGAGAAGGAAAAAAGUGAGCUGAAGCUCGAGCUGGACGACUUCGCUUCGAGCAUGGAGAGCAUGGCCAGGAACAAGUCCAACGUUGAAAAGAUGUGCCGAACGAUGGAGGACACCACGACAGAGUACAAGAGCAAAUACGAGGAGGCUCAACGAUCCGUCAAUGACUUGACCACCCAGAGGGCCAAGCUGCUCGCUGAGAACGGCGAGUUCGGACGGCAGCUGGAGGAGAAGGAUUGCUUGAUCUCACAGCUCACCAGAGGGAAGAAUUCGUACAACCAGCAGCUAGAAGACCUUCGCAGACAACUGGAAGAGGAAGUCAAGGCCAAGAACGCACUGGCGCACGCCGUGCAGUCGGCCCGCCACGACUGCGACCUGCUGCGAGAACAGUUCGAAGAGGAACAGGAAGCCAAGGCUGAGCUGCAGAGGGCCCUGUCCAAAUCCAACAACGAAGUCUCGGCGUGGAGGAACAAGUACGAAACCGACGCCAUCCAGAAAACCGAGGAGCUGGAGGAAGCAAAAAAGAAGCUGGUUCAGAGACUGCAGGAGGCUGAGGAGGCCAUUGAAGCGGCCAAUGCCAAAUGUUCGUCGCUCGAGAAGACCAAGCACCGGCUCCAAAAUGAGAUUGAGGACCUGAUGCUGGACCUGGAGAGGUCCAACGCAGCUUCCGCGGGGCUGGAUAAAAAACAACGCGCUUUUGACAAAGUCCUGGCAGAGUGGAAGCAGAAGUUCGAGGAGUCCCAAUGUGAGCUGGAAGCCUCCCAGAAGGAGGCCCGAACUCUCAGCACCGAACUCUUUAAACUGAAAAAUGCCUACGAGGAGUGCCUGGAUCACCUGGAAACCACGAGGAGAGAGAACAAGAACCUGCAAGAGGAGAUCUCGGACCUGAAUGACCAGCUCGGGGAGGGUGGCAGAAGUGCUUGUGAACUUGAGAAGAUGAGGAAACAGCUCGAGCAAGAUAAGGCGGAGUUACAGGGAGCUCUCGAGGAAGCCGAAGGCUCACUGGAGCACGAAGAGAGCAAAAUCCUACGAGCCCAACUGGAGUUCAACCAAGCAAAGGCUGACAUGGAGCGGAAAAUGGCCGAGAAGGACGAGGAAAUGGAGCAGGCCAAGAGAAACUACCAACGCGCCGUGGACUCGCUCCAGUCCUCCCUGGAGUCUGAGACCAGGAGCCGCAAUGAAGCGCUGAGAGUGAGGAAGAAGAUGGAGGGUGACCUCAACGAGAUGGAGAUCCAGCUCAGCCAAGCAAACCGGCAAGCGCUCGACGCCCAGAAACAACUCAAAAGCCUCCAGGUUUUCCUGAAGGACACCCAGUUGACACUGGAUGACGUGCAGCGCGGGAACGAUGACCUGCGGGAGAACAUCGCCGUCCUGGAACGUCGAAACAAUUUGAUCCAGGCUGAGCUGGAAGAGGUCAGGGCCGCGCUGGAGCAAACAGACAGAAGCCGCAAGCUGGCCGAGCAGGAACUGACCGACUCCACGGAGCGCAUGCAGCUCCUGCACUCUCAGAACACCAGCCUGAUCAACCAGAAGAAGAAGCACGAGGCGGACCUCCUCCACCUCCAAAAUGAAAUGGAGGAGGCGGUCCAGGAGAAUCGCAACGCCGAGGAAAAGGCAAAGAAGGCCAUCACUGAUGCCGCCAUGAUGGCUGAAGAGCUGAAGAAGGAGCAGGACACCAGCGCGCAUCUGGAGCGCAUGAAGAAGAACAUGGAACAGACCAUCAAAGACCUCCAGCACCGCCUGGACGAGGCCGAGCAGAUCGCCAUGAAAGGUGGCAAAAAACAACUCCAGAAACUGGAAGUUCGCAUCAAAGACUUGGAGAACGAGUUGGAGGCGGAGCAGCGUCGAGGAAGUGAGUCCGUCAAAGGCGUCCGCAAGUACGAACGCCGCAUCAAAGAACUCACCUAUCAGACCGAGGAAGACCGCAAGAACGUGGCUCGACUCCAGGACUUGGUGGACAAGCUGCAGGUGAAAGUCAAAUCCUACAAACGCGCCGCAGAGGAGGCGGAGGAGGCGGCCAACGGCAACAUGGCCAAAGUGCGCAAGCUGCAACACGAGCUGGAAGAAGCGCAGGAGAGAGCCGACGUGGCAGAGACCCAAGUCAACAAGCUGAGGGCCAAAACCAGAGACGGGGGCACCAAGAAGAACCUGGAUGACUGAUUCACAAGUUUGUUUCUGGGCGACCAACGAGCUCACAUAUGUCACGUGACUUUACAACGACGAAGAAAAACACCGGCUGCGACAUGAUUCGUGGUAAUUUGAUUGGUUCCCCUCCAAGCCGACAGGUGGCGACGAGAGCAGCUACAUCGCGUGGCUUCCUUAAUUGUUGAUUCGCAACACGACAAAUUCACGUCACAUCGGAUAAUAAAAGUCUAUAAAGUUCAAUAAAUGCA